AGGAGAAGGGGGGUCAGACGGGCGGGCGGGCACACUCUUGGUCUGUGCGCAGGAGUGAGAGUCGGACUUCCCAGUGGGGCUGGAGUAAGAAGUGCCAGCCGCCGCCGCCACCGCUCCCGCCGCCCGACGAUAGGGAACAAAUAAAAGCACAAGGGAAAGCCGAGCGCCGUCGUUCGGCAUCGCCGCUUACUCCGCCAUGCCGAAGAGAAAGGUGAACGCCGCUGAAGAAGAGCCAAAAAGGCGAUCUGCACGCCUGUCGGCUAAACCUGUCACUGCCAAAAUUGAAACCAAACCAAAAAAGCCAGCUUCAAAGGAUAAGCCUGAGGAAAAGAAAGCCCCAGCAAAAGGGAAAAAGGGACCAAAAGGUAAACAGGCUGAAGAGAUUAACAAUGAGGAAGUAAAGGAUAACUUGCCUGCGGAAAAUGGAGAAGCAAAAAGUGAUGAGGCCCCAGUAUCUGAUGCAGCAGGAGAAAAAGAAGCAAAAUCUGAGUAACAUCUUGUACAAAGUCUCUUAAUCAGUGGUUUGUUUGC